AUGAAAACCAUACCCGCCACCAUUGUCCUGCUCGCCACGGUGAACGCGACGCAGGCAACGACGGCAUCCCUAAACCCCUUCUCGCCUAUGCCCGCUACUGGCGACACUACCAGCCUCGAUUACAAGCAGACCAGCACUCUGCCUCGCCACGUCAAUGCCAUGGGCGUUGGCUCCUCCUGCGCCGGCUCCGAGGGCGCCUGGUACUGCAUGUCAAGUGCCUUCCAGCGGUGCGCGUCCGGCCAGUGGAGCCGCGUGGUCGACUGCGCUGAGGGUACCGUAUGCGAGCCCGAGGGCCUUAGCUACGAGUUCCAGACCGCCUUCGGCAUCUCUGCCGCCACAGACUACCUGUGCCGAUACGUCUUCUGCCUGCUCAGUUGCUGCUACGAAGACGGUAGCAACUACGAGCACGUCUACGACUGCCUCGAGCACAGCGACUCCUGGCGCUCCAAAGCAGGAUACCUCGGGAGGGGCACCUCCUGGGACCGAUCUCUCUCCAUUGAUGGGUAG